AUGAAGAUACUAUGUGAAGUGUGUGAGAAGGCUGAAGCAGAAGUACUUUGCUGUUCAGAUGAAGCUGUUCUUUGCAAGCCAUGUGACAUUAAGGUUCAUGAAGCUAAUAAAAUUUUCCAAAGGCAUCACCGAGUCGCACUACAGAAGAAGACAGCCACCACAAACUCUGGAGCUCCUCUCUGUGAUAUCUGUCAGGAGAGAAAAGGAUACUUCUUCUGCUUAGAGGACAGAGCGUUGCUAUGCGAUGACUGCGAUGGAGCAAUUCACGUUUGCAAUUCCCACCAAAGGUUCUUACUUUCUGGAGUUCAAGUUUCUGAUCAGUCUGAGAUCGGAAACUCCGGAUGCAGCACAAGUUUUAGCUCUGAGACUUACCAGAUUCAGUCAUUAGCUUCUCUGAAUAGUCAGUACUCAAGUGAGGAGACUGAAGCUAGAAACUCAGGUGAUACAGACAUGAAUCCUUCUCUCAUCUUAAGUCCUUAA